AGAAAAUAAUCAAUUGCAUGACAUGAAAUUUUAAACAUACUAUAUGAUAAGAAAAAACAUAUAAAAUACAGAUUUGUAAAUCAUAAAUAUAUUAAAAGCAAUUACUCUGUUAAAAAUUCACCAACCAAAAAAAUCAUCAACUAACCAAACGCUGUCACGACCGGGAAUCUUUAAAUUAUUAUUUCAGAACCGGUUUUUCAAUUAAUUUACAGUUUAAAUUUAUUUUUAAUAGUUUUUAAUUAAGUUAAUAGCCCUCUUUAAAAUACACUAUUGGACCCCACAAAAAAAAUACAUCCUUGGAAGUGGUCUUAGUUUUAUCAUCUAAAAGAUAUGAAUUUGAUUUUGUAAAGGUUACAAUUAUUUCCAAGAAAUGUAUCAUAGACAAGUUGGAGGAAGAAGACGAAACGAAUCAGGUAAAUUGAAAUUAAGAAAGCUAUUAAGGUAAAAUUAAAAAAUGGGUAGAUUAGAAGUAGUUGUCUUUUCAUAAAACCCAAUAGUACUUGAAAUUGUUAGUAUAAGAAAUAUUCCAAGCUAUAACAUUAUUAUUAUAAGAGACCCUUAUUAAUAAUUUGGUAGCACGAUGACUCCAAAAGGAGUUUAUUGUUUAAAGAAAGACGAAAACAUGGAGAGUUGUUGACGCAGAGAGUUACUUAGAUGCUUCACCCAAGAAGAGUCCUCAUAAUCAUAAAAUCAAAGCAUCUCUCUUCUUCCUAAACGUCGACGAUCGAGAGGAGAGUUCUUGGCGCCAUCAAGAUUCAAAAGAUGGAGGAGAUUGUUUUUGAAACAAAAGAUGCACUUGAUUGGUCAUAUAGAAGCGAAGGAGUUGUGAAUUUGGUUCUCGCUUACUCUGGAUCCUCUCCCACUUUCGUACAUUUCAUUGAUCUUGAUAUGAGACCUUUGGAGAGAAUGGAAGCCUAUUACGAAUCAGACAAGAAGAUCAUGAAAACGUACCUGGAGAUGCUGAAGAAGAAAGGGGAUCGAUCAACCUAGAUUCUUCUAGAACUAUGCAACCUCUAACAGUUUCCUACAAUUUUCACUUGUAUCAAUUCAUAAGAUUCCCUUUACUUGAUAUGUUUCCUAGACUAAAAUAAAUAUAAAUGUUAAUUAUUUAUGUACAGUUAAAUGUAAAGUUCUCAGUAUCCCUCACUUAAGAAU